CCCAGCUCGAGUGGCUCUCAUCGUGCCUGUGACUUUGGUGGCAGUUAAUUAUUGAUUUGUCUGCUAGAUUAUGAGCCAGGUGUGGGCAGGAACCCUUCCUUAUCUAGCCCUGUUCCUCAGCACUUAGGGCCCAGCAGGGGCUUAGUCACUGUUGAAGGAAUGAUAGGCAAAUAUUUGUCUUUCCCAGCCAGGGAGCAGCCCAGUUCUGGGGAGGGCUACCUUUGAUAGACCGGAAGGACACAAAGAACCUCCAGAUAUCAGUUUCCCUCUCUGAACUGCAUUCCAGUGGGAACAGUCUGGUGCCCAAGGCUGGGUUCCUCUCUAAUGCCACCACUCACACCGUCUCUUGGAAGUCACCAGUGUCAUUCUCCCCAGAGCUGCCCUGGUCUAGCUCUGAGUUGCCUGGUUGCACCCUGGGGCAUCUGUGAGUCCUCCGGUUGUCAGCUGGAGAGAUUUUUAGCAGGAAUGCCAGGCACCUUGUGAAGGGCUGGGCCCAUUGUGAUUGGGACAGGUGGCAGCUGGACCAUGUACAGGCAGAAAUGCUGGUUUGGGUGAGAGGUGGGUCAGUGGUCAUUUAGUGUCAGAGAGGAGAUUGAUGUCAGCCUCCCCUAAGACCCGGGUGUUGAAGCUGAUCCCCUCUCUCUCUGCAGGGAUGCUGCCCCUGGCUGACCGCCAUCUUCCGUCUGCAAUCCUGCAGUGGUGUGGCGAGGACGCCAUCCACUACCUGUCCUUCCAGAGGCACAUCAUCUUCCUGCUGGUGCUGCUCAGCCUCCUGUCCCUGUGCGUCAUCCUGCCCGUCAAUCUCUCGGGAGACUUGCUGGACAAGGAUCCCUACAGUUUCGGGAGGACGACGAUAGCCAACCUGCAGACCAACAAUGACCUCCUCUGGCUGCACACCAUCUUUGCCGUCAUCUACCUGUUCCUCACCGUGGGCUUCAUGUGGCACCACACCCGGUCCAUCAAGUACAAGGAGGAGAGCCUGGUGAGGCGGACCCUGUUCGUCACUGGGCUCCCCAGAGAGGCCAAGAAGGAGACUGUGGAAAGCCACUUCCGGGACGCAUACCCCACGUGUGAGGUGGUGGAUGUGCAGCUGUGCUACAAUGUGGCUGAGCUGCUCUACCUGUGCCAGGAAAGGAAGAAGACAGAGAAGAGCCUGGCCUAUUACACAGAUCUGCAGCGGAAGACCGGUCGGCCCACGCUCAUCAACCCCAAGCCCUGUGGCCAGUUCUGUUGCUGUGAAGUUCGCGGGUGUGAGCGUGAGGAUGCCAUCGCCUACUACACACACUUAAAGGAUGGGCUACUGGAGCGGAUCACAGAGGAGGAACGCCGGGUCCAGGACCAGCCCCUGGGAAUGGCCUUCGUCACCUUCCAGGAGCAGUCCAUGGCCACCUACAUCCUGAAAGACUUCAAUGCCUGCAAGUGCCAGGGCCUGCACUGCAAAGGGGAACCCCAGCCGUCCUCCUACAGCAGGGAGCUCUGCACCUCCAAGUGGACGGUGGCCUUCGCCGCGUACCCUGAGGAUAUCUGCUGGAAAAAUCUCUCCGUCCAGGGGUUCCGCUGGUGGCUCCAGUGGCUGGGCAUCAACUUCGUCCUCUUCCUGGGGCUAUUCUUCCUGACCACACCCUCCAUCAUCCUGUCCACCAUGGACAAGUUCAACGUCACCAAACCCAUUCAUGCACUGAAUAACCCUGUCAUCAGCCAGUUCUUUCCGACCCUUCUGCUCUGGUCUUUCUCGGCCCUGCUGCCAUCCGCUGUCUACUACUCCACCCUGCUGGAGUCCCACUGGACCAAGUCGGGGGAGAACCGGAUCAUGGUGACCAAGGUGUAUAUCUUUUUGAUCUUCAUGGUGCUGAUCCUGCCAUCCCUCGGCCUCACCAGUCUGGAUUUUUUCUUCCGGUGGCUCUUUGACAAAACCCUCUCGGAGGCGUCCAUCAGGUUGGAGUGUGUCUUCCUCCCUGACCAGGGCGCCUUCUUUGUGAACUAUGUCAUCGCCUCGGCUUUCAUCGGCAACGGCAUGGAGAUGGUUCGCCUGCCGGGCCUCAUCCUCUACUCUUUCCGCAUGUUCAUGGCUAAGACGGCUGCUGACCGCAGGAACAUUAAGCAGAACCAGGCAUCCGAGUACGAGUUUGGAGCCAUGUACGCGUGGAUGCUGUGCGUCUUCACCGUCAUCAUGGCCUACAGCAUCACCUGCCCCAUCAUCGUGCCGUUUGGCCUCAUCUACAUCCUGCUGAAACACAUGGUGGACCGGCACAACCUCUACUUUGUCUACCUUCCCACCAAGCUGCAGAAGAGGAUCCACUUUGCUGCCGUGAACCAGGCCUUGGCUGCGCCCAUCCUGUGCCUCUUCUGGCUCUACUUCUUCUCCUUCCUGCGCCUGGGUAUGAAGGCCCCCGCCACCCUGUUCACCUUCCUGGUGGUGCUGCUCACCAUCCUGGUCUGCCUGGCCUAUACCUGCUUUGGAUGCUUCAAGCACUUCAGCCCCCUCAACUAUAAGACAGAAGAACCAGCAAGUGACAAAGGAAGCGAGGCUGAGGCCCGUGCGCCCCCACCGUUCACGGUGAGCCUUCCUCACUCCCCUCACUCCCCUCCGCAGUGUCUGCUGCCCACCCUUGCUCUGUUAACCGUCUCCAGCCAGAUGGGCUGUGGCAAAUGUGCUUUGAUCAACUCUUGCUGGAUCAUCUCUUGCUGGGGCAGAAUUCCCUUAGUCACGUGGCAGGCUAGUUCUCCCAGUGUGUCUACUCAGAAGGAAGCCCUGGGCCCUCUGCACGUUAACACCUUGGUCAUGGAACCAAUCAUUAGCCCUGGCAAGGUGUCUGGCUGUCUGCUGCUGUGAACGUUCUGUGUGUGGGGUGUUUGUCACUUAAGCCAAGACAGGUCAGUAGACCCUGCGGUUUGAAGCUUGAUCCCCAGCACUGUGCCUGCUGGUGUGUGAGGGCACCAUACAGGCUUCCCUUUGGAGUUCAUGAAUGUGGUGCACCUGCUGCAAAGGCAGGCACUGUGGAAAACACCAGGAUUCCUGCCCUCUCUGGUGCCCCCUGCUUCUAGAAAGGGCUGGAUCAGACAGCCACUGGGUCCCCAAGCUGUGACCACUGCCUUUCUGACAGCCCAGGGCUGAUGUCAUGGGCCGUGUUCUCUUUGGGGGUGCGUCCCCUGUCUAUCCUGGGACAAGCCACAGAGCUCGCUGCCUAGACCCACCUGUGGCUGGGUCAGGGCAGGUAUGCACUGCUCAUUCUCGGCCUGGGUCUGUGGAGGAGUUGGGUGGGCUCGGUGCCCAGGGUAGGCAGCCUAAGCCUGGGGUAGGAGGAAAUUUCAUCCAUACAGACCCACUCAGCAUCCCAGGUCCCAUGCACCACAAUCUGCCUGCCUGUGCAGACUUCCUGUGUGAAAGCAGAACACUCCCUCAACCCUCCCCAACCCACCAACUUUGCCAGGACAUUGGUUUCCUGAGAAACAAAGCAAACUUCUCUGCUCUGCUCCCUCAGUGGGCUGGCGAGUCUGUACUUGUGGUCUCUUUGGCCCUUGACCCCAUAUCCUGAUGCCACUCCCUUGCACGCCUGCUCCUGCUGGGAGCUGACUCCCCACCUGUCCACAGCCUUAUGUGCCUCGGAUUCUUGGCGGUUUUGCCUCAGAGACCACAGCCCUGUCCCCGCAGCUGCAGCAGACCUAUGGUGCCAUCCACAAUAUCAGCGGAGCACUGCCGGGGCCGGACAGUGUGCUUGCUGACUUCCAAGAGGCCUGAGGAUGGG